GCCACUGAGCCUCUCCUCUGCUUUCGACAGGCACUCGGAAUGCCGUGUUAAACACCGAGGCGCGCACAGUAGAGGCAGAUGUGCUAAGCCGCCGCUGUGUGAUGAUGCGGCUGAUGGACUUCUCCUACGAACAGUAUCAGAAAGCUCUUCGCCAGUCAGCCGGUGCCGUGGUGAUCAUCUUGCCGCAGAGCAUGGCAUCGGUGCCUCAGGAUGUCAUCCGACAAUUCAUGGAGAUUGAGCCAGAAAUGUUGGCCAUGGAGACCAUUGUGCCGGUCUACUUUGCCAAGGAAGAUGAUGAGCUCCUCUCCAUCUACGAGCAGACCCAGGCAGCCUCUGCAUCGCAAGGCUCAGCUUCAGCUGCUGAAGUUCUUUUGCACACAGCGACGGCCAAUGGCUUCCAGAUGGUGACCAGUGGGGCUCAGAGUAAAGCAGUCAAUGAUUGGCUCAUCACAAGCAUAGAAGGGCGGCUGACUGGCCUGGGAGGAGAAGACCUGCCUACCAUUGUACUAGUUGCUCAUUACGAUUCUUUUGGAGUCGCUCCGUGGCUCUCCCACGGGGCUGACUCCAAUGGCAGCGGGGUUGCCGUGCUCUUAGAACUUGCCAGGUUAUUCUCCCGGCUCUACACGUACAAGAGGACCCACGCUGCAUACAACCUGCUGUUCUUUGCAUCUGGAGGUGGCAAGUUUAACUAUCAAGGGACCAAGCGGUGGCUGGAAGACAACCUGGAUCACACAGAUUUCAGUCUGCUGCAGGAUAACGUGGCUUUUGUUCUCUGCCUGGAUACUCUGGGAAGAGGGAACAGCCUUCACCUACACGUGUCAAAGCCUCCGAAAGAUGGGACCCUUCAGCAUACCUUUUUGAAGGAGCUGGAACAGGUUGUCGCCCACCAUUUCCCGGAGGUGAGGUUCUCCAUGGUGCACAAGAAAAUCAACCUUGCGGAAGACAUGCUGGCCUGGGAGCACGAGCGCUUCGCCAUCCGGCGCCUCCCUGCCUUCACGGUGUCCCACCUGGAGAGCCACCGUGAUGGCCUGCGCAACAGCAUCAUGGACGUCAGGUCAGCCGCUGGGCCACGGGUUAACCCCCAAAUUCUAACCCGCAACACCCGGAUCAUUGUAGAGGCACUGACCCGGGUGAUCUACAACCUAACGGAGAAGGGUGUGCCUGCUGACCUCCAGAUCUUCACCGAACACAUGCAGAUUCAGCAGGAGCAGAUGGAGUCGGUGAUGGACUGGCUCAGCAGUCAACCGCGGGCUGCCCAGCUGGUUGACAAAGACAGCACUUUUAUCAACACCCUGGAAUAUUACAUGAGCCGCUACCUGAAAGAUGUCAAGCAGCAUUACGUGAAGGCGGACAAGCGGGAUCCUGAGUUUGUUUUCUAUGACCAGCUGAAGCAAGUAAUGAACGCCUAUAGGGUCAAACCGGCCAUCUUCGACCUCCUCCUGGCUCUCUGCAUAGCAGCCUACCUUGGAGUAGCUUACAUCGCUGUCCAGCACUUCAGCCUCCUUUACAAGCUGGUCCAGAGGCUAUCUCGGAAAUCCAAGCAGCAGUGAAAGGAUCGCACAGGACAGGUCUCUCCUCCUUCCACUGGAUACGGCUUCUCCUCCUCUUCCUGCUCUCAUUUCCUGCAGGGGCAGGAUGCAAAAGCUGAGAUGGUAAACAGCCAAACCCACGACAACAACAACACUCUCCCACAUCCUUGCACUUCUGCAAAGCGGCAUUUCUUCCCUCUCCCACCCUUUUCCCUCGGCCAGAACUGCAGAUAAGACUCUACUCCUUUCAGACCGAUCAAACCUCGGACACAAUUUCUCCCACUACAGAUGGAAAUCUUCUCCGGAUAAAAGACUUUUCCAUCCACCUGUUGCUGCUGGUCGAGAAACAACGUGUGCCAUAACUUUAAGCCGGGGGCAGAAAUCUGGGUUGGGGAGGGCUCCAGACCUGCCCGUCAGAAGAAUUUGAAGGGGAAGUGGUUGGUUUUUGUUUUUUUUAAUGUGCACAUGUAAAUUAAACUAUUACAAAAACGA